AUUGAAUAAAUGAUAACUAGUAAUAAAUAACAGAACGUGGCCGUUAUCUCGAAUUUUUAUCUCAUUAAUUGCAUCGUUCUUUACUGUUAAUAUCACGGCAAUAACAUUAAAUUCAGUGAGUAACAAAGCAGUGUUGCUGAUACUGGUAGCGAACUCGACUGCCAGUAACUAAUGGCUGCUUCCUAUUCAGCUCUCGAGUUUCGACAGUCGAUCAACGUUAGCAGUGUGCUCUUCCCUGUUACUUAGGAAUGUAGUUUCUAAAAUAUCCGCUACGAUUCGCCACCGUCCCAAAUGGGAACUUUCGAUAAUAGCACGACUUAACAAGUCAAGCAGACCUUCUAAUUUCCAAUUAGUAUUAUAUAACGGUUAGUUACGAGACCUUUUAAUUUUCAACUAAUGCAACUUAGCGACAAAUUGGACGAUUUUUCUUUUUUUUUCAAUUAGUACAAAUUAAAGGACAAACGAAUUCUUUACAGUUAGCAGCACGAAAUAAAAGUCCUCAAAAGAAAAUGGGACAAGUAAAAGUGAAAUAAACAAAAAAUCAUCGCACUGUUUUCACCUGCCGCAUAUUCAGGCCAAACUUGAAAUUACAUUCAGCCUAGUAACCUAAAAUGUAAACACCCAAUUAUGUCCCGUUACAUCCUGCACAAUCCCAUCUUACAUUUUAAAACAUAAUGAAAAAGAAAGAACACUGUUAAAUCAUGCGACAAGCCAAGGAACGCAAGCAAAAAGUGAUCGAUCCGUCGAAACUAGAAAAAACAGCGCGGAAAGUCGCGGCGAUGGAAGCGAAGAGACAGAAAGUCAUAAACGAGGUGGAACUUUCCUUAAAGAGUAGACGAUUCGAGAGGAAAGCGAUAGAAAAUGCGCGUCUCGAUAUGGAAGAGAGUAUUCGACGGAAAGAGAUCAGGGAUGCGAAAAAAUUGCGCGGCGAGAAAGCGAUGGUGCAGAUCCGGCAAGAUCUACGUAGCAUUAUCGAAGCAGGUAUAAAGUCCAUUCAGCCGUCGGCGAUUGUAUCAGAGAAGAUCAAGUACGACGGUCGCGCGACGAUGACAAUUAAAGACGCCAAGUAUAAAAUAAAGAAUAAUUUGCAUAUCGUCGGCUGGGGCAAGGAAGCAGGUGUCAUGAGCACGGCGUUCGAGAGGAUAGUCGGCAGACAAUUGAAAAAAGGAUUUAUAGUGGUGCCUCGCAAGUCGAUCUCUACGAUGUGGAGCUACCCGGAAGCGUUUCCGAAGUUGGACAGUCGUAUAAACUUCGUCGAGGUCGGGACGGACGGACUACCGGACGACGGGGCGGUAGAUAUCGCGCGGAAAAUCGCGAAUUACUGUAAACGACUGAAGAAACGCGAUCUACUGAUAGUUAUGCUGUCGCGAGAUUCCGACGAUCUCUUGUGCUGCCCGCAGGAUACAAUUACACUGAGAGAUAAGUUAAGAGUUCUCAACAGGUUAAAAGCUGCUAACGCGACUCCCGGAGAAAUCAAUAUCGUGAGGAAUAAACUUUCUGCGAUAAGAGGCGGCGAUCUAGCGCGUCUGGCUUAUCCGGCUAAAGUCAUCACCCUCUUCACGUCUGACGUGUCAGCAGAACCGCCGGAACAAUUGGGAGGCGGUCCAUGCGUUUACGAGCAGAAGGACCAAAGGGGCCUGGCCGUCCUGAAGAAGUACAAACUUCUCGACAAAGUAUCGCAGAGCGUUCGCGAGGUAUUAGGGACGCCGAAGUCCGCGGAAACGCCGGCCGAUGCCCAAUUGAAUGAGAACAGCAGGUACAAGUUCGUGGAGCAAUACGUGAUCGCGUGCAACGCGGACGCAAUGGCGCACAUGGCGACACAGGUCCUGCGACUGGGACUGUCCCCCUUGAAAUUAGGGUCCACCUGCAGCGGCACCGUUCACGAAUUCGCGCAGGAGUACGCGAAGAUCGCGGCGCUAAUGAUCCUGGCGGUCGAGAGGAAAAUUACCAGGUUGGAGUUGUAUGAACAGAUGAAGGAGAGCCCGGUGUGCUCGCUGACCGAUCAGAAGGUGUGGGAGCUGUUUCCCACCGAGGACAAAUGGGCUCUCGGGCUGUGCCUCCUGCUGGGAGGUCGACCGACCGUUCAUCUCGGCGAUGCGCAUUCCGCCCAAAGUGGGCCCAAUCAGGAACUCGCUCUCUACUUCUCCUUAUAUUGGUGCAUGCGUACGAAGCAAUAUCCAAUUUUGCGAGGAUACACCGUCUGGUUCCUCGGCGGUAGCUCUUACGGGCGAGAUGGCAAUACCAGCGCAGCUGGCGCGUACGGAUACAAGAGCCUUACCGAGGACGUUUAUUCGGAAUACGAAAAAGCGAGGAGCGCGCACAAGGCGGCUCUGCAGAAAUUGCGGGAGCUCGUCGAAGACAAACAGAGCGAAUCGGAGAUCGCGGAAGCCCGACGAGAGGUGGCGAACGCGCAGGAUACGUGCGAGAAGUACGCGACCGUGCUGCCGGAACGAGUCUUGAGAGAGAACAACAGCAAUUUGUUCUUCUCGUGUAUCAACGACGGCGACGAGCUAUUGCCGCCGAAAAGCCAAAAUGAUUACGCGGCCGUGGACGUCGGGGAUCUUCACGUUAUACGAAUCGCACGCUACCAGUGCAGCUGCAGCGGCGACUGUCACGCGGAUGAAGAUGGGACGCGCACCGAUAGAGAGCACCCUGUCAAUCGCACGUUAUCAGCGACGGCGGAGCCAGUGUUACAAUAUUGUUGUCGGGUCGCGGCACCGGAGAGCUGUUGAUUAUUUACGAGUCCGUCGCGGGCCGGAUUUCGCAAUGGAUUUUGCCCGACCCGGCUCGACUCGAAAUUCGCACGCGACCAACCGAACGCCGAUUCCUUGUUACGGCACGCACAGACGCAUCUCAUUUGCCAUUUGACGUGACGCGUUAAAGUUUCACGAAGCACUCGUGAGUGUAUCUGCGCGCGCGAUAAACGCGCGUCCAAUUUCAAAGGAUCGGAGAAACGCUCGCGAACACCGCGCUUCCACGUCGCGAUAGACAGAGUUUUGGCGAGAGUCGCGUAUCGCGAAUUUUUGUCACGGCAGCGGUAAUCUAACGGAUAACGUAUGCGAAUCCCGGUGAAUAUUUCUGAACGCCUUGACGUUCCUCCCUGGCUCACGUGCGAAUAUUUCAUCGCCGACGCGAUAACAAAUCGCGCGUUCUCAGAAUAGAAGCGAGCGAUGCAUUGUAUCUCUAUCUUGCGAUUCUGAAAUUUACAACGAUAUGCGCGUCAACAUCUCGCUGUAAUUCAAACGUUCUUUCUCACUGAAACGCCGCGCCGAAACCGCGUUCGUCUAAGGGAUUUUCGCGGCGGGAUAAAUCGCAGGUUGAAUUUGUCGCCGUCAUUGCGACCACGAAUGGUCGAACGAGUGAAUAUUCUGUUUAUCAAACGCAACUUGCUAAUAACGCCUAUCUUAUUUGCCUUUCUCUUUCUCUCUCUCCCUCCCUACCUACUUGCCUCUAUUUCUCUAUGCACAGCUGUCUGCACUAUUGAUAACUUAUUGAUUCCUGUGGCCUUUUGUGCACUAUGUGCGCGUUUCUGCAUGCCACUUCUAUCGCGAAUCAUGCAUAUUUCCAACUAAAUCGCGAACCAUUUAAUAUUUCGUCCUUUCAGUCGACAAUAAUCUUCCCAAAAGGUGCGCAUCCACAGUUCACGAUAUCGAAAAUCUCGAGCGACAUUCAGAGGAAUCCUUUUCGUAGUUUGCAUCCCGAUAUUAAGCGCUACCGCGUUAGAGACGCGCAAUCAAGGGACGUUUGUUAAGUUUCCUUUGGCAAACCUAAAUCUGUCGUUGCAGGCGAAAUGAUUCCUAUUGAGCGAUUGGCCGUUCGGGCGAGAAGAAACGAAACGAAAGUCCCAAGAAGCUCAUUUCGCCCUACCUUGACAUAAUAGAGAUCUUCUAGCUCGGCAUGUCCCCUGGGCGCGGUACCAAUCCCGUUCAACAAAGCCCUGGGAAUGGACUCACCUACCUCGACGACAUAUCCGCAAUAUAGAGCAGCUCUGAGUGCGUUCUUUCUUGCCGUUUCUUCGCGAGCGAGCCCAAAAAUGCCCCUUGAGAACACCACUUACAGAAUGCGUGCGCGAACUCCCGAUAUUUAACAUUGUCCCAUUUAAUCCGAGUCGGCUCGCCCGCUGCCGCUCGGAAAAUUGUAAUUGACACUGAUGUCGGCGCACUGCCAAUAAUUCUCGGUGUAUUGAUUUACUUAACUGGCUAUUAAAUCGAUUAUCACGGUAAAUAUAUUAAAUAUAUUAUAUUGUCAUUAAAUGAAUCUUUCAUUAGUCACUUAAAUACAUAGAGAAAAUUCGUUCUAUUGGUGAAAUGAUCUCAUCGUCUAUUAAUAUUCUUGCUCAACGGAAAUGUCUGAUAAUGUGUUAAAAUCUUUGAAUAUCUCUCAAAUGUUCUUAUGGAUAUCUUGUUCGAUGUACAUUCAACUGAAUUACAAAUUCCCGGAAGAUACGAUGGAAAAAAACGUUUCAACGUUUCAACGUUUCAACGAUAUUUCAAGUUUCUAUCAUUAUAUAGUCAAGUAACGACAAAAAGAAAUUUAUCUGAAAAAAUCACAACUUCUCCAACCUCGCCUUGUGUCGACCUGCUUUGACUUAUUGACAUAUUUAUCACGCGAACUGCACAGGCUGGCUCUACAGAGCAAGUGCACGUAAAAAAGAACUCCAAGUACGACUGUAAAAAAUCAUAUCUUACGAUGAGGCGACAGUCUAGUAUAGGAUGCAACCAUUUUUAUGGCCUUAUCUCCACUCCCGUGACCUCGCAUUUACGAUUAUGCGCGGUACCGUAUAAAUUUAGUUCGACAUUGUGAUCCCUCAAGUAGUUCGUUGAAUCUCUCCCGUGCAGCAACAUACAUCUCACAAUGAAGUAUCUCGCAUUAUUCUGCAUCUUCCUCAUACUCGUGCAAUAUUCGAUGCAAGUGCCGAAAUACGAAAACUGCAACAGAGAGGUACUUUCUGGAGCAGAUAGGCAAAGAUGUGUGAAAGUGACAUGUACGUCGCAGAAUAAAUACAACGUACAAGAAUGUAGCUGUGACAAAGACGCGGGACUACACCUAGGAGAUCGUCAUUCCGAGUAUCCCGCUUGUUGUCCGCGAUGCAGUGGCAGCAAGAGACAUUAGAUAUAUAAUGUACACGUCCACGUUCCGAAUAUACAAAUAAAGGAAAUAUUAUUGAUA